CGCGAUUUACUGCGGGUUACAUACAAACUCGUACUAUGUAACUAGUAUUUUUGUAUGCACGCAUGAAAGUAAAGAGGGCACUUUUAGGGUCAAGCCGUGUGAAAAACGUUUUGCAAAUAAGCGGCACACCGCACUACAGAACUUUCGGGAUCACUUUUGAUCAAUGCAUUGUUUGCGCACUACACCAACAAAAUACGCUUGUAUGUAUUGACUCGUGUUAACCACAACAAUAGUCAACUCUUGCAGUUGUAGCGCUCAAAUUAAGUGUAAGAACUUAAAAAUAAAUCACAAAAUGCCUUGUCCAUGUGGAAGCGGUUGCAAAUGUGCCACUCAGCCAAAAAGCGGUAGUUGUGGUUGCGGCUCAGCUUGUAGGUGCUGUCCUUGUGGAAGUGAUUGCAAAUGUGGUUCACAGACGCAAAGUGGCAGCUGCGGUUGUGGUAGUGGUUGCAAAUGUGGCCAAUAAUUAUUGGAAUAAUAAUUGGAUUAUAAUCAAUUUUUCGGCUGAGUUGCGACAUUAGCUUUGAACGUCUUUCAACAAUUUGCAUUAUAAUUCUUUCAAUAAACAAAUAAACGGAAAUAUUAUGCAAACGAAAUAAAACUUCUUUCUUUGUGUUAAGUUAUAUACAUAUAAGUUUUAUGGAGGAAUGACUUUGACAGUUUGUGCAUAGGCGACCCCAGGCGAGAAUGGGGUUUGACGUCCCCCUAAAAUUUUUGAAAGGCACAUUGCAAAGCGAAACUAAAAACUUUUAGCAAUGCACAAUGGUCGGUAAUCUAAAAAAUUGUCAAAGGUUUA